GUGGCCGGUCGUCCGUGCAUGCCCGCAGCUCUCUGCCGCUGCGGUUUCAUGCGCGACGUCGGGAGUCCGGUCCAGCCACGGAGCUGAGAACCGGGGGAGAACCGGGGAUGGGGUGGAGGAGGGUGGGCAUGCCCUUCUCUCGUCACGGGAGCUGCUCGCUGCUGCGUCCGCACGAACCUCCCGGCUCGUCUGCGCGGUUUGUUUUUUGUGUCGUUUCGUCGCCGAAUGUCAGAUCGGUGAUGCAGCCCGUCCACACCCACAUGAUGAUGCCGUCCAUGUGCAGCGCAGAGGACCUGAGGCGGAGGAACCAUGGGAGAUGUAGUACAGACCAGCUGAAUGUUGCCUCUCUGAAGUCAUGUAACUAAUCAGACUUUUCCAUAUCACAUGGGAUUUUUCCUUUGCUGACUGACAUCCCCCAGUUUCCAUGUUCUCAGCAUGAGAGGGUCUGUCAUGAGCCUGACCUCUGUGCCCUCAUACUGGCGCUGUCACUGAGCCGCGUGAGCGCCGCCUCUUCCCCGGCAGUAGCUGCACGGAAUGGCCUCUCUGGACCUUCCAUACCGCUGUCCUCGCUGCGGGGAGCACAAGCGCUUCCGAAGCCUUUCGUCCUUGCGUGCCCACCUUGAGUACAACCACACAUACGAGACUCUCUACGUCCUGUCCAAGUCCAACAGUGUGUGUGACGCCGCUGCUCUACUGCCUCUAGUCGCUGAGGGAGCUCUCCUUACACCUGCCAACAACAACGACCCUUUUGAGCCGCUUAGGCCUUCAGCCCUGAAAGAGCGGCGCUUUCCUUGCCGUGAGCUUCCUUGUGUGGAUGACCUAAGUUUGACCCCAGCCAACUCCAAUUCUGCAGCCAGGUACAUUCCUAAUGUGGAGUUCCCCUUGGGGGAGAUCUUCAGCAAGAAAGCUAUGACAUCCACAGACCCAGGUCCCCAUGGAAACCCCAGCACUGCUGUAGCGGUUGCAGCGAAUGUGGCAGCCAGUGCAGUGGAAGCAGCGUAUGAAGAAGGCCUAGCCAGGCUGAAGGCCCGGGCAUUUGAACGUCUGGAGCUGGACGAGAGGCUGGAGAAGCUGUCAGAGGAGGUGGAGCAGAAAAUAGCGGCCCGUGUGGGGCGUCUCCAGGCGGAGCUGGAGAAGAAGAGCUGCGAGUUGGAGCGGGCCAAGCAAGAGAGCGACCGGCUCAGCCAGGAGAAGCAAGACCUGGAGGACAAGGCCUCGGAGCUGUCUCGACAGGUGGACGUGUCUGUGGAAAUGCUGGCCAACCUCAAGCAGGACCUGGUAAACAAGGAGGCAGAGCUCAGCCAGAAACAGCAAGAAGUCGCCCAGAUUGAUCAGUUCCUACAGGAGACGGCAGCACGUGAAGCCAACGCCAAGGUGCGCCUGCAGCAGUUUAUUGAAGAGCUCCUCGACCGGGCUGACCGGGCCGAAAAACAGCUGCAGAUCAUCAGCAGCUGUGGGACCACGCCGAACGGCAGUCUGGGACGCUGCAGCCUGCAGGCCUCAAAGGGCAGUGGACGCCAGAGGAACUCCAGCCUCUCUGGAAGCACAAGAGGAAUGUACCAAGUUUCAGAGAGACGCUCUUCUCCCAGCACCGGUGCAUCAGGGAGGGUCAAGUCCGUCUCGCAGGGCUCUGGAGGCUACGACAGUGACAGCGUGGAGAUGCAUCCCAUGGAGGAGUGUCCCGAGGUGCAGUACUAUCAGAUGCAGUGCCGGCUGGGCGAAGGCGGGUAUGAACGCUCCCCUGGAUGCGGAUCGAGAAAUUGGGGACUCCGGAAGCAGGCCAUCCAGAACUGGCAGCGGCGACCAUACAGGAACAGCACAGAAGGCGAUGAGGGAGACGUAUCGGACGUGGGCUCUCGGACCACGGAGUCUGAAGUGGAGAUGUGGGAGCAGGAGAGGAGAGCUGUGGCUGAAGUCCAGCAGUCCGCCGCACCCUAUACCCACCACGGCAGGGCAGUGUACCGCUCUAAUGCAGGACGGUCUGAAGGAGUGUACAGCAAGUCGUGCCGCCACGAAAAGAGCCCCUCCAAAGCCAACGAGGUCAUCAGCCCUGAAAUCCUGAAGAUCCGUGCAGCCCUCUUCUGCAUCUUCACAUAUCUGGACACCAAAACCCUCCUGAGGGCGGCCGAGGUCUGCAGGAACUGGAGGUUUGUGGCGCGUCACCCGGCCGUGUGGACGCGGGUGCUGCUGGAGAACGCUCGCAUUUCCUCUAAGUUCCUGUGUACAUUAUCCCAGUGGUGCACUCAGACGCACUCUCUCAUCCUGCAAAACCUCAAACCCAGACAGCGAGGAAAGAAGGAGUCCAAGGAGGACUACCUUAAAAGCACACGUGGCUGUCUUGAGGAGGGCUUGGAGGCAUUGUUAAAGGCCACAGGAAGUAACCUGCUGAUACUCAAGAUUUCACACUGUCCCAAUCUCCUGACUGAUCGCUCCCUUUGGUUGGCGAGCUGCUUCUGCCGAGCCCUUCAGGCGGUGACUUACAGGAGUGCCACGGAUCCAGUGGGUCAGGAGGUCAUCUGGGCCCUUGGUGCAGGUUGUAGAGACAUCAUUUCUCUGCAGGUGGCUCCCUUACAUCCAUGUCAACAACCCGCUCGCUUCAGUAACCGAUGUCUGCAGACCAUCGGGAGGUGCUGGCCCCACCUACGAGCUCUUGGAGUGGGGGGAGCUGGAUGUGGCAUUCAGGGACUCGCCUCACUGGCAAGGAACUGCAUGCGCCUCCAGGUGUUGGAGUUAGACCAUGUGAGUGAAAUCAACCAGGAGGUGGCAGCAGAAGUUUGCAGAGAAGGCUUGAAGGGUCUGGAAAUGCUGGUGUUAACCUCCACACCAGUCACCCCGAAAGCUCUCCUCCACUUUAACAGUGUUUGUAGGAACCUCAAAUCCAUUGUGGUUCAGAUCGGAAUCGAGGAUUACUUUGAGGAUCCCAACAGCCCAGAAGCAAGGAAACUAUUUGACGAAAUGGUUAACAAGCUGCAGGCUCUGAAGAAAAGACCUGGAUUCUCCAAGAUUCUCCACGUGAAAGCAGACAGUCUCUGCUAACCCCCUUGGUGUGUGUCUAAGUUCUCAAGAGGGCAGAUCGUAGCUGCAGUUGCUCAAAAGGAUCCGGCUGGUCAGAGCUUAUUUCUCUGAGUUGAAUCCGUGUGCGACAGCAGCACAAACAAGACUCGGUCCAAAGCUCACUGUCCUUUCACCGAGAGGUAAAGCUCCAAAUCGAAAAAUGUGAUUGAGGCUAAUGCAAGGUUUAUGUACCCAUCAGACUCGCUCUGUCAAAUAAGAAGACUGUUUUGACAACUCAAGAACGACAGAAACUCUCGGAUUCCUUUGCAUUGUUGGCUAUUUCAGAAAAGUGGGCUGUCGUCGCACACAGCCAGGUCCUUCAGACAUCUGGAGCUGCAUUUUUUCUUUCCGCAUACAUCGUGUACCUUCAGUCCUAACAGCUAAGAGGCAGGUGAUCUAGUCGAUUUGAAUAAUGUACAUAAAAACAGCAGCUUUGACCUCCAAUACUCAAAGGGUUAACGGGAGCUUCUUUUGAGGAAACUGAACACAAAGGGCAACUUUGUGAACUCUUUAGGCUUCCGUCCAGAAACUGAAAAGUGCUGCAGCCGCUCUACGCACUGUGGGGACAGUAGAGACUGCUUCCUUGUAGCGUUGCAGCCGUGUAAAUCGCCUCUUUUAACUAUCCUCUGCUUCCACAUGCGAACGGAACCAACUCACUCAUCUGGACUCAGUGUUUUUCGGUCAUGUUGGGACGUGUUUAAGUCAGAGUACAGAAGGCAGUAUUAUGUUUGUAACUGUGUAUGUCCAGUGAGCGUUUUUUUCUUCUGUGUGCCAAUAACAGGGAAAUGGGGGGAGGAGCAUGUGAUUGUUAGACAGAAUAUGGGGAUGGUGUGAAUGGAAACAGCUCUCGCUGAACAUAAUACUUCUAUGAAUGUGGUCCGACAUGGUUUGAGUUUCCACCAGGGCCAUUCCAAACACACCCUCUGCCUCCAUCUGCUGGUAUAUCCAUGUAAUGACACCUCAGACACUGAUGCAGACUCAUCCUUCACAACAUGAAACAAAAAUAACCAAAAGAAAAAAAAACAUCCACAAAAUGAUGACAGUAAUCUAAUCAUAUCUGCAGGAUGAUUAGCAAUUUCCACUGAGUGUGACUGCCGUGAGUCAAACAGGGCAGUGACCUGACACGCUGUUUCCCAUUUGAGAAUUAAACCCCUGCGGUUCAAUGAUUGUCUCACCUCAGAUCUAAACUAAACUAAAUGGUUGUAAAAAUGAUAUGUUUUGAAGCAGAAGGACACAAUAGGGACAUGGGGGGAAAAAUAUUUAUGGGGCCUAUUUCCAGCAUUUUUUUUUCCUUUUUUGUGAGAUUUAACUCACAUUGUGGACCAAAAAAAAAGCUAGGAUUGUUUUGCACAAUUUCUUUUUAUUACCUGUCUGGGAAUUUCCACCCUAUUUUUAAAAACAAGUGCAAUAUGUCUUCACCACACUACCGCUAAACUAAAAUCAUGCAGACUUGAUUGUAAUGGUUACUGUAAAAAGGACACAUCGACUUUCUAAAAGUGCUAACUCUUUAAAAUAAAUAUAGAAAAAACAUUUAUGUAAAAUCAAGCCAGCUUCUGAAUAUUACGGAGGCCUAAAAGAGACAUCGAAAUAUAUAUAAAUAUUUUUUAAAGUUCUGUUUUUUGGUGCACACCAGAUACUAACCUCUGUGCACCACUUACUAUCUGGUGAGCACUUGAUUGUAACAGGUAUGCAUGAGAUAGGCCGAAUCCGAAUUAUCCCCCUACCCCUAUGGCUUCUUCCUACCCCUCCGACUGUUGGGGUAUUUGUAGGGGUAGGGGUUAUCAAAAUUGUUUUUUUCAAGGGAAAGAAGUAGGGACUUUUCAUUGCGUAUCCCUCCACCACGAGGGUGAGACAUGUUGUCCUGUGCUAUGGAGGAGAAACUAGUUUUUUAUCAUGGAUGUGCUCUGAAGCACAGAACUUUACAUGUUUUUUUUUGUUUUGUUUUAGCAUGACUUUUUAAAGUUAUAAAACUGACGUGUAUUUUCCAAGCGCUGGCAGGUAAGGUAGAUGACAGGCAAAUAAUGAUGACGUCUUUAAAGUGAAGCGUUGUCCGAAUUAGAAGACACUAUUUUUCCAUAACUCUCCAUUUGGAGGACUCAAUGUACGGGUAGGGAGAAGCCGUAAGGGUAAACGAAGUAUUCGGGUUCGGCAUAGUAUAGUGCUCUCCAGAUAGUUACUGGGGUGCACCAUUUACUAUCUCGUGCGCACCAAAUUGAACAGGUGCACACGAGAUACUAUCUCAUGUGCAUAAGAGAGUAUCUAGUGCACACGAGAUAGUAUAAGGUGUGCACUGGUUACUAUGUGAUGCGCACCAGGUUGUAACAAAUAUCCAUGAGAUAGUAACUCGUAUGUACCAGAUAGUAUCUGGUGGUCUCCAGAUAGAAAGGAGGGAGCACCAGUUACUAUGUCGUGCUCACCAGAUAGCAACUGGUGCACACAAGAUACUUUCAGGUGUGCACUGGUUAGUGUCUGAUGCGCACCAGGUUGUAACAGGUAUCCAUGAGAUUGUAACUGGUAUGUAUCAGAUAGUAUUUGGUACUCUCCAGAUAGAAAUGAGGAUGCGCCAGUUACUAUGUUGUGCUCACCAGAUAGCAACCGGUGCGCAUCAUUUACUAUCUUGUGCGUACCAAACUGUAACAGGUGCGCACAAGAUACUAUCUUGUGUGCAUGGGAGAGCAUUUAGCGUGUUUACCAUCUGGUGUGCACCAGGUUGUAACAUGUAUGCAUAAGAUAGUAAUUGGUAUGUACCAGAUAGUAUCUGAUACUCUUCAGGUGUGGUGUGCAUCAAUUAGUACUUGCAUUAAUAGACCAAGUAGUAUCACCAGAUAGUUUCUGGUGUGCACGGGUUACACUCUAGUGUGCACGAGAUACUAUCUGGUAUGCACAAGAAACCAGUUUUUUUAAUACAUAUAUACAUAUAUAUUUCAAUGUCUCUUUAGCAGCUUUGAAGAUUAUGGUCUUGUUAAAAAACGAUUUAUUACUGUUGAAAUGAUGUUCUUCCAUCACCGCGGCAUUAAAACCCCACUCAUAAAUACUGGCAGUCCAUUCAGAUAAUCUAGAAUAAAUAAGUUUGCAACAAGUCGACAAAACAGCACCUGCUGAUUUUAAGUUUUUGACAAUCCUAUUUAUGUUAUCAGCUACUCUGUACAAAGGGUUUGUAUAGAAAAAAAAAUAUCAACCAACAUGUGAUGUUAUAUACUAUUUUAAUGUCAAAUUCUGAGUGGGAACGUUGGACGCUUACAGGUCUUCAUCAAAUACAAAUUUGUUUUUUCCAAAGUUGAAUGAAAGAUAGAGAAUUAUAUUAUGUAUAACAGUAGUGUUAACAUUGCAGUUGUGUAAUAGAUACUUUAUAUUAACUGUGCAUCAGAGUCAUAUAGAGAUGGAAAUUAUUUAAGAAGAGGAUAUCAGAUAAUUCUGCUAUUUAUUUCUAUAAAAGAGCGCUGUGUAUAAUGUUGGCAUGUUUGUGUUCAUGCAUCAAUCAUUGAGUUGCCUUCCUAACUGUUUUGCUUCUGUGGCAAAAGAAAAUUAAAACAAUUAUUAGAUGUUUAAAGAGCUUUGAUUGCCUGCAGAUCGAUAUUAGCAUUCCCCUUUUUUUACUCCGUCUGUUGUUGCACUAUAUUAUAUAUAAAAAAAAAAAGAUAUUUGAAGAUGUUUACUAUAGGAGUGUUACUUUUAAUGUUUAUCGAUAUUUGAAAAAAACAAAACAAAUGAAGCACUUUUUCUUGGACACUUUUUUUGGUUGUCGGUUUGUCAGACGUUUCUGUCUGCAGGACGCUUUCCAAAGUCGGAAAAAGCGAAGCUUACGUCGCACUUUUCAUGGAAAUAAAGACGCUGAAAACAAAGCGAUAGCUUAAAAAUCUAUCAGAAAACGGAUGUACACCCUUUUCUCUCAUCAAGUCUCUACAUUGAUGGGAGGCUAAAGAUCAAAUCUGACUCAGACAUGUUUAUUCUUUUGUUUUUUCUUUUGAAAAUUGAACCUUAUUUCCAUUUUUUGUUUGUUCUGAUCAUGAUUUAAUCAAGUCAUUCAUCUGUAAAUAACCCUCUCUUUCUGACAGUGCUCCUGCUGUGUUGUAACUAAUCUGCUGUGGAUGCUGCAGGACUGCAAGGCUCUGAAUCUGCAGGCUAAAAGUGCCAACUACACUGGAAAAAAACAAAAAAACUAAUUCCUGUUCUUCAUCUGCAGAUUUCUGCUAUUUAAAGUCCAAAGCAUCACCUAUUUAUCAAAGCACUUCUUUAUUCAAGUGUUUAUUCCAUGUUUUUAUCAAGUGUCCUCUGUUGCAGUUAUGAUGCUGUGCAAUAGAAAAGUCACGUGGGUGCUCAUGUACAUACUUUAUGUUUGGAUGAUUGUAAAAUGCCCGUUCAUGAUCAGUGUUUUACACAUUACCUCAACACUUAACUGGGCAAUUAAGUGUGUUUUUUUAUUUUAUUUAUUUUUUUGACUACCACUAGGUGUACUUGUUUAUUCAUCAACUUCAUCCAUUUUUGCUCUUGCAAAAAACAUAUAUAUUUACUGUUAGAGGACAAAGAUAAAACCCCGCCUUCUAUGAUGACUGCAAUAGAUGGAAAUGGACAAGUUUUCACUCAUUUGUUGUCAUGAAUAAAAUUGCUUUAAUUGUAA